AUGGCCGGCGGGCGGCGCCCGAGCGGCGGGGGCGAAGGGGCCCAGGGUAUGGACGGAGGGGGAGGACAGGGGGGGGGGGGGCAGGGCAGCGCUUAUCGAUUCGCGCCCGCGCGACACACUCGUCCGGCGAUGCGGGCGGGGGCUGAAAAAUGCGAAGGGGCGCUGAUUGGCCGCGGCGGGCCCGCCCCGCGCCCGCCCGCGGCCUCCGCGAAAGCCUCCGCGCGCGCUCAGUUCAAGGGCGGUUGCGACGCCGCGCGCCCUGUCGUUUGGGUUUCCCGUUCUAUUUUUGAACCUAAUGAGCCGACCAUCAUCACAAUUGACGGUCGA